AUGUCGAACCUUGGAGAUGGCAGCGACAUUCUGGGAUGUGCCAGGCAGGAGCCCAGCCUAGAGGUGAAGGGGGGGCUCAUCACCUCAUUACAACCUCUACGAAUCCACAGCAACCCCUCCCAUCCGCCGCGAGCCCCCACCCUGCAGGAAUGUGAGGUCAUCAUUCGGCAGCUCUACAACGCUAACAGCUUACAGUCUCAGGAAAUCAUACGUGUGAAGGCGUUGCUGAGAGAUAUUGUUUUGAGCAAAAAAAUCACCCCAGAGAACUACAUCCUGACCAAGGCCUUCCUUGUGGACGGAACCCGCAAAGUCACAGAAGAAAAGACAUUUCCGAAACUUGGUCUUCAAACAUUUCCCGAAAAGCCGUCCGGAUCCUCUCACUCUGGGGUGGUCCUCCCUGCCCUGAAACAGAGCCUCAGCAGCAGCAUCGCAGACAGACAGAGGAGGGCCCGUGCUGUGCAGAGAGACCGCUUCAAAAGGACGGUGCACUGACAGGAUCCCCAGUACACAUCCAGUACACUGUUAUCCACCACCAUAUAAAGUAUUUCUGUCCUAUCAUAUUUUCUUUUAUAAUUGUUCUCAUGAAGAACCGCUUACAUAAAAAAAUUAAAAUAGUUUUUCAUUCUGCACACAAAGAGAAAAGGAAAUAAAGUCACAAAUGCAGUUUUGUCCUGGUAACGGUAAAUGUACUUAUUUAUUGUUUACCAAACAUUUUAGGACAUUUGAACUAUAAAGGUAGACAUCUGUAACUGAACAUGGCUGCUUUUACCAAAUUGUAAUUCUGCCAAAAUUAUGGGGGAAUUGUACACUACUACAUAGAAAUAAUAACUUGUUAUUAUUCAAACUAAUUCAUACUUUUAUCACUGCAAACAACCAAAGUUAGCUCUCUAAAAACACAUUAAGGAAAAAGAAUAACAACUUUUUUCCCAGGCCCUUUUUGUACACAACAAAACUAGAUUGAACUAUCUCAACAAAAAAAGAGCUCUGUCCUGUUUUUUUACAACGACUUCUGCUCUUCUUGUCUUUUUAACAUAAUAUUUUUGGCAAUUGUCUUAACAUUUGAGUGAAGUGAAAACACACAGCUGUGAAAAGCCAAACAUGUUAAAGAGCCUAGCUUAAUUUCACAACAUAAAUCAAAACCUAGCUUAUAGUUGUGCAACCGCGUUGGGCAGGUUAAGAACUGCAUGCAGCCAGGCGGGGCAGACAAUUCCCGGAAUGAACCCGGCUGAGCUCACUUCACCUCUAAAAUCUUUGCUGAUUCAAAGGUAUCACAAUGUGGAUUCUCAUAUGGCCAGUGAGAGCCCAGUAAGAGCCAAUCUGUGCCUCAGGGGCACUUAUUUUCACAGUGAGCAAAAUACUCUGAUGGCAGGCAUUUUCAAGGUACCUCUCAAUACCUCUCCAUUAGUUACAAGUGAAUAGCUCUCAGUCUGUCAAUGUGUAUGACAUUUCUCCCUGCAAAAGUUCAAACACUGUAAAAUGAUGUUAUGUUCAGAUUAAACACAUUGUUUCAUGCAUGCAUCCACCAGAUGGAGGUGUUUAGAGACAUUGAAGAGUGUCCAUUACAUUUGAAGCCUACAAUGUUUGAGAGGUUACAGAUCAUUUUAUUUAUUUCAUAUUCUGCAUGGAAUUUGUGUCUUUGGAAUAUUAGCAAAAUGAAAUGAUUUACAUAUCCACCUGAAAAUAUGGCUGUUUUGUUUUGAGCCCUGGUAAUAAAAUCACAAAUUAAACCAUAGUGUAAUUAAACAAAAAGUAUUUGGGGGAAAUGCACAGUUACACAGCAUUUUUAACGUCUACUCCUGAGGAAGAAAA